CCUUCCUCACCCCGCACAUAUUCGUGGUCCUGUGCUGCUGGGAUUCCAGUGGUUUUCACAUUUCGCCUCGCCAACAAAGAGACGCCGAGCUGCUGUCCCUUACAUCUCCAACGCAGGGAGUGAUGCGCAACUAACGGCCGGCGCUCCUUCGAGGCGAUAACGUACAGAUAAAGAGCAGAAAUACACCUGUGCACUCAAGAAGACAAAUUAGGGAGAGAGUUUGAAGAGUUCUAGGCGGACUUGACUGAGCGCAAAGAGCGAAAAUGGUGUCGGCCGGACUGGAGCUCAUGGGACUGUCGCUGUGCGUAAUAGGCACGCUGCUGGUGAUGGUUUCGUGCGGGCUGCCCAUGUGGAAGGUGACGGCGUUCAUCGAGGCCAACAUCGUGGUGGCUCAGACGAUCUGGGACGGCUUGUGGAUGUCGUGCGUGGUCCAGAGCACGGGCCAGAUGCAAUGCAAGGUGCACGACUCCGUCCUCUCGCUCAGCCACGACCUCCAGGCGGCCAGAGCGCUCACCAUCAUCUCCUCGGUGAUGGGCGUGCUGGGGCUCAUGGUGGUGAUCGCGGGGGCGCAGUGCACCAACUGCAUCCGCGCCGAGUACGUCAAAGCCCGGGUGGUGAACGCCGGAGGGGUCGUUUUCAUCGUCAGCGGUCUGUUCGUGCUGGUGCCCCUCUGCUGGAUGGCCAACAACAUCAUAUCGGACUUCUACAACCCGCAGGUGCCCCCGUCCAAGAAGAGGGAGAUCGGCGCCGCGCUCUACAUCGGCUGGGCGGCCACGGCGCUGCUGCUGAUCGGGGGGUCGCUGCUGUGCUGCUCCUGUCCGUCCAGCGGGACGUCUGGAUACGCGGUGAAAUACGCACCGACCAAGAGAGCCACGCCGAACGGGGAAUACGACAAGAGGAAUUACGUGUAGCUCUUGGGGCUCGCGCACGCCGGUGCGUAAUACUUGACCUGCAGCUAUUCGAAGAAGAAAAUAAGACUGUUUUUUCCACCUGCAGUUUUUCUUUUUCUUUUUUAAUCUGAACUUUAAAAAUCAAUGGAGGCACAUCUGCGUUUUUUUUACCCUGGCCCUCAAUUCGUUCGGACCGCAAAUUCUCAAAUAAUUUGUGUAUAUACAGGAGGUUCUUUUUUUACAAAAAAAAACUAUCGACUAGAAGACGUAGCUCACACGAAAAAGGAGUACCUUUUGUUAGGUACAGACUUUUUUAUGUCUUCAAAAUGAUUAGUGUCUUGACUUGUUUACCGCUGAAACUGCAAACUUCUUAGCUCUUUUUUUUGCCUUAUCGCGCAUUGUCAGCACAAACUCGUACAGUACCGGGGAAUGAAUGCACUCCCACACGUUCAAACAGCCGUUUCCGCGGGUGCAACGUGUUUGAGGACUCCAACCAUGUAAAACGGCAAUAAACAACGAGGAGGAAAAGUGCGCUCCAAUAAGUCUCCGCUGGGCUUUUUUUCGAUGUUUCGGGACUUGAUCGCAGGGGCCGUGACGUUUUGCGGUCUGUAAAUUUGGACUUGUAGACUCCGCGAGAUUCCCGUGGGUAGCAACAUGACAUGUUAUUACAGUCCGCUAUCCGGCUGCACUAAGCACCUGCGACUCUUUUUUUUCUUUCCUUUUUUUGCAACACUGUCUCCGCAGGACGUUUUUUUUUGUUUUCACAAAUCUUCAGAAUAAACUUGUUUUCUGUUAUCUUUGUAGACCUUUGCUGUAAUGAUUUAUUAUUUGUGUAUAUGCAGAUGUAUUAUUGUGUCAUUUUAUUAAGAUUAAACUGAGUAUAUUGUCUUGGA